UAGUUUGCUUUCUGGUGCUCUACCAGGUAUGUUCUGCACAGCCACAGCUCCCAGUUCCCGUCUAUUUUCUCACCUCGGGCUGUGGAUAAGGAAGGUAAACACGUGAAAUCUGGUGUGACUUCCCCCCACCCCGUUCAUUUGUCCACUGUCUUUUUUGUAAAUCCGAAGUGGCUGAGUUGUAAAAGCUGACCUCUAAAGGACAGGCUGUCUGCUUUGUUACCUACUUUGUGUUGGUAUUUACAGUUUGGAUAAUAAUAGGGAUGGAUAGGAGCAUAUGGUACAUAUGCGCUGCACACACUGAAGCUUCUCGGGAGCACAGAUAACUCCAGUGCCUGACUUCAGUAUCAGCUGAUAAUGCAUCUGAGUCCAGGACUGAUCCCCACUUCACAAUAACCUGGUGCAAUAGCAAACAUUAAUUCUACUAGCAGAGUUUGUGCCCAUAUCUCUUCCACAAAUCCAGCACAGUUUUAUACGUUCCUCCAAACAAAUGCUGCUGUUGCAGUGUUCCUACCACGUGACUCUCCAGGCAAACCAGGCUCUUUGAGCCUUCUUGUCUCUCAGGAACCUUCAGGAAAGGCUCAGGCAGCUCAGUCCUGUGUGAACUUGUGUUCACUUCCAAACUCUGCAUCAUCCUGUAGCAGCAAACUUUGCUAGACUUCACGUGAAAUGUUUAUAUCAUGAGAAGUCUCUUUAUUCUACCAUAGGAAAGGCUGAAUAAUUUUCCCCUUAGGCUUCUCUGAAAUUUAAUGACUUUCCAUCAUGUUGUUCUUCUUUCCACCCAUCAUCUCCCUUCCUCGUGUCUGUGGAAGCAUCUUUCUUCCUCCUUGUGUACCUACUCUCUGUGCCUGUGCUCCCCUCUCCCACCUCCCCAGGGAUCCAAAAAUACACCAGAGCUGGAGAGAUACAAACACAAACUGCUUUUGAAAACUCUGUUCUUAAGGCAUUUCAGCCAUGACUAAGAGAGAGGCAGAGGAGCUGAUAGAAAUAGAAAUUGAUGGAACUGAGAAACAGGAAUGCACUGAAGAAAGCAUCGUCGAGCAAACCUACACCACAGCAGAAUUUGUGAGUCAGGCUAUUGACAUCAAUGAACCCGUUGGGAAUCUUAAGAAGUUGCUGGAACCCAGACUGCAAUGUUCCUUGGAUGCACAUGAAAUUUGUCUGCAAGAUAUCCAGCUGGACCCAAAUCGAAGCCUUUUUGAUCAAGGAGUGAAAACAGAUGGAACAGUGCAACUCAGUGUGCAAGUGAUAUCUAGGCAAGGGAUAGAGCCCAAGUUGAACAUCCUUGAAAUUGUGAAGCCUGUGGAGACAGUGGAGGUGGUGAUUGAUCCAGAUGCUCAUGCUGGAGAGGCUGAAGCUCACCUCGUUGAGGAAGCUCAAGUGAUAACCUUGGAUGGAACAAAACAUAUUGCAACAAUUUCAGAUGAAACCUCUGAGCAAGUGACACGAUGGGCUGCAGCACUGGAAGGCUACCGGAAGGAGCAGGAGCGCCUUGGAAUUCCCUACGACCCCGUGCAGUGGUCGACAGACCAUGUGCUGCACUGGGUGGUGUGGGUGAUGAAGGAGUUCAGCAUGACCGACAUCGACCUCUGCACGCUCAGCAUUCCUGGGAGGGAGCUCUGCAGCCUCAGCCAGGAAGACUUCUUCCACCGUGUCCCACGGGGAGAAAUCCUCUGGAGCCACCUGGAGCUUCUCCGAAAGUAUGUGUUGGCUAGUCAAGAACACACUGGAGAAAUAGCAACUGUUACUAUUGAUCAGCCUGUGCAGAUUAUUCCAGCGUCUGUACAACCUGCUACCCCGACCACCAUUAAAGUGAUAAACAGCAGUGCAAAGGCAGCCAAAGUGCAGAGAGCUCCAAGGAUCUCUGGGGAAGACAGGAGUUCCCCUGGGAACAGAACAGGGAACAAUGGGCAGAUCCAGCUGUGGCAGUUUUUGUUAGAACUUCUCACUGACAAAGACGCUCGGGACUGUAUCUCUUGGGUUGGGGACGAAGGAGAGUUUAAAUUGAAUCAACCUGAACUGGUUGCACAAAAGUGGGGACAGCGCAAAAACAAGCCCACGAUGAACUACGAGAAGCUUAGUCGGGCCUUGAGGUAUUACUAUGACGGAGACAUGAUCUGCAAAGUGCAGGGGAAGAGGUUUGUGUACAAGUUUGUGUGUGACCUGAAGACCCUGAUCGGGUACAGCGCGGCCGAGCUGAACCGGCUGGUCACGGAGUGCGAGCAGAAGAAACUGGCCAAGAUGCAGCUCCACGGCAUCGCACAGCCAGUGACAGCAGUGGCACUGGCUACAGCAUCCCUGCAAGCAGAGAAAGAUAACUAAGCACUGGGACCUCAAAGUGGCAACCUGAGGCCUUUCCUCUACAACCAGAGCAGUUGCUGCUCCCAUCUUUAUCAGAAUUGGAAACUUCCUUUGUUUCUUGACUGUACAAUGUAGGGCAUGGUUUUCUAUAAAGAACUGGGACUCGCAUAAAUUUGGAUCUUUUAACAGCAUAUAUUUCAAUGUAAGUUAAGGGAUCCCCUCAACUUCUGCAGCUGUGAGUCAGGGCCUCCAUGGUGUGCAGCUGGUGAGAGCUGGAACCGCUGCAGGUUCUGUGACCAUGGCUGUGCAAAGUCAUUUCUGCAGCACUUCUAACAAAAAUAAGUCCUCACAGCAAAAAGGCUGACCAGUUGUCUGAACACAGCCCUUCCCAGUCUUUUGUUCUCUGCUGAACUACCAAAUGGCAUUUGAUGCUUUCAAAGUUAAAAUGUGUUCAUUAUUCUCAGUUAAUCAAGCAGAGCCAAAAGACACACUCAAUGUUACAAAGCAUCAGGUUCUUAAAAUAGCUUCUGGAGUAGCAAAGGAAACUAAGACUAGGCUUAACUGGAGAUCAGUGCUGAAGAAGGAGAUCCAGGUUUAGAUCUGGCUUAGGUGAAAAGCCAAUUAUGAGUAUUUCAUUGUAAUAUGUAGAUAAUAUGCAUAUAUGAGGGCAAAUACCUGUUUUGAAAUAUGUCGUUGACAUUUGCCAUUUAGCAAAAAGCAAAGAUAAACUUCCUCCCCCACUACCACCCCCCAUCAGGUCAUUCAAAAACUUGAAAAAACAGCCCUCACCCAAAGAGCAGUUUGGGUUUUUUGGGGGAAGGGGGGGGUUAAUGCUGUGUUCUGCAAGGUGCUGAAACCAGCACAGUCGUCAACCUUAGUAUGCUAAGACUUAAGUUAAUCACAGUCAGUAGUCCCUGGUUAGGAACAAAAAGCAAUUUGAAAGUAGUUUACAGAGAGCUGAAGUUUGAUUUCCCAAUCAUUGUACAGUCUGGUAUAUAUUAAAAUACAAAGAGGCAUUUUUUAUUUAAAAUUUAUUUCUCUCUGAACUUCAAGUGGUAUUUUCAAAGCUUCUUAAGCCAAAUGCAUGACCCAGAGCUGGGUGCAAUUUGAAGAGGGGAUGAUAAUUAGAAAUAGUUGGAACGUAUCCUGAAUUCUGAGCUAUGCUUCGUGCAAACUUACACAUACAGUAAAAAGCAGGCUGCAGCUUUUUAGCUUCUGUACUGGUGCCUAUGAGUGCUGCUUUUGAUGGCUGAAAAUGGUGUGAUUUGGGGGUUGAUUUUUCCCCUUCCUGUUGCUGAACAGUAUAAUUAUUAUGUCACCACUGAUAUUUACCAACUUUUUGUAAGUGAAAGUCCCUCUGGUAACACUUAACAAUUAAAAGGGAAGACCUUUAAUUCUUUGAGGGAUCCAGCUACUGUUAAACCCAAAGUCCCUGUACAGUGAGGUUCUGAACAUAAAGUGUGUUUGUGCUGAGUAGGGAGAGCAGGAAUGGUCACACUUGGAGGCAGAAGGGAGAAAACGUCAAGACUCAUGUAUUUUAAAGAUGUGUUUGAGGACAAAGCUUUUUGUUUGUAGGUGGAUGCUCAUCUCCAGAUAGUUUUUGCUUGACUAGAAAUUUUGCAUGUAGUUCUAGCUUACUUUUUUCAUCAUCACCAGGAAUAUAAAAUUAAAAUUUUUUUGCCAGAUUCUUUCGGUACCUCUAUUGUUUUCGCUCUGGAGCUCUCAAAGCACUCCAUCUGCUGAGCAUGCUGGCUUCACUUUGCUUUAAAAAAAAAGUCAUAAACCCUGAGCAAAAAAUAUAAGUGCAUCUGUUCAUGAGAGGUCAACAUGAGUCCAUUUAUUGAUAUUAGAGCAGUCUGAUGCCACCAGUUGGCAGGUGUUCAAGGUGGCUUGUGCAGAGAGAUGAGGGUUUGCUUACCAAGAAUGAUGUCAGGGUGGUAGUUUGGUGGCAGCAGCUCUAAUUACUAAACAUAAGUCCAGUACAAGUCACUGGUUCUAUUUAGCAGAGUGGUUGAGAAGCCUUUUUAGUUAAAAUACAGUAUAAUAAGAGAAGCUUAAAAUACCAGCUUUCUAUAUCAAACUAGGCUAUGGGAAGAUAAACAGCAAAAUUGAAAUUUAAUUUAAUCAAAACUUUAUUCCCCUGCAUGUUCUUGUUACAUGAUGAGUCCAGUGGGGGAAACUCCUGCUCCCACCCUUUGUCUGUAAAUACAUCCCAUUAUUGUUUUGCAGCUUUUAGUAGGUGUGAUGGUCCUUUGGGUUCUUUGUUGUGCCUCCAUCUGCUUUUCCACCAAGUUCUAAUUAGUAAAGAAAGAAUCUUUCAAAUGGUAUGAAAUCAUCAUCAUAUUCUCUGUAGUUGAGGGAGAAGUCUGUGACUAACUUGAUGUCUUCAAUGAAACAAAAGAUGUAGAAUAUAUUGUCAAAGGUUGUUCUGUUGCUGCCAGAAGGAAAACACAGAAAGAAUAUUCCCAAUUUUUGUAAAACAACGUUUUUUGCAUACUUUUUACUCUUUAAAUAAAGACACUUAUACUCUGCUAAUAAUUACGUAUUUCUUUUGUGUUUUGCAUUUUUUUUGGUAAUUUUACAUGAAACAAUUAUUUUCUAUUUUUACUCUGAUAAAAUAUUUGUGCAUAAAAUGUCAAUAUAGUAAAAUAAAAAUGUUAU